AUGGAGGCACCCGCAAGCAGCAGACGACGGUCAACGGCCUCUUCGGUUGCGACACCUGGGCAAGAAAGUCGACCGCGACGAGUCCGGCCGUCUCGAGCACGAGGCCUACGAACAUCCACAGGAUGUUUGACAUGUAGGAGGCGGCGUAUCAAGUGUGACGAGGGAAAGCCGAAAUGCGUCCAGUGUUCCAAGUCAGACCGUGACUGCCAGUAUGCCCAAGCUCCCACCGGCGAGAACGACUCAGAGACUCGUCGACGCGCGGACUCUACGAUUUCCAACGCCGAUCAAAGUGCCGAGGCCGACAGCGUCGAGGAUGCUGUGCCAACUACGGAACCUGCGGAGAGUGCACUAGCCACUUCGCCAGCCGCAGCAGACACAACAGCAUCACCGGCCGCUCGCCCGGUCGACUUAACUGCACCUUUCGUGUCCUCCUUCAACCCGGCCGGCUCACUCGGCGUCGACAACAGCGCCUUACAGCCCGCUGCAGUCUCUGAUGCGGAUCUCGGCUUCUCACCCCUAGCACUGAGCCAGACGUCACUGCUCAACAUAUCCCCCUUCGAGUGGUACGAUUUGCUUGCUCAGGAUGCAAUCAACAAUAUCCAACGGCUCAACAGCCUGCCGAAUGGCGAGGUUAGAUGGGUCUUUGAUGAGAGUACCCUGUCUCGGAGACAGACCCCCUUGCCAGAGUCGCCGACUGAGCAGGACGACCAGCUGCCCAUCUUUGGUCGAAGCGAGGGCCACACUACUCCCCCCUGGAACACCUCCAGCAAUAUUGAGCUCUCCGAUGAUGAGUUGGUUCAUUUCCGUUACUACGUCGAUGUUGUGGGACCGAUCUUGGAUCUCUUCGAUCCUGAGCGGCAUUUCUCCAACAUGGUCCCCCAUCUCGCUGUUCGUAACGCCGGACUUCUCAAAUCCAUCCUGGCUGUCGCUGCUAGACACAUGUCCUUGGGACCCAAUCCUAAAGUCUCGAACUCUGGCGGUAAAUGCCAUCCUCUAGCAGAUUCAUCUCUUGCUGGCAGCCCAGCACAAGAAGAAGCGGCUCGCUCGGCAACCCAGUACUACUAUGAGACGCUUCAGUAUCUGUCACACACAUUGCUAUACCCAUCCUAUGCCAACUCACAUGAGAUCCUGGCCACUGCCAUAAUGAUCAGCACUUACGAAAUGUUCGACUCAAAUGGGCCCUCCAACAACGGGGAUUGGGAACGCCACCUCCGAGGAGCGUUCUGGAUUCAACGAUCGCAAGAUAACAACGCCGAGUCUGCAGACAGUUUCAGGAGAGCAGUGUGGUGGGCGUGGAUCCGCCAGGACAUUUGGGCGGCCUUCAGAUCUGGCCGUCGAACACUGACUAUCUUCCAGCCCCAGAAGACACUGCAGGAGCUAAACCCAGAUGACCUCGCCAGUAGGGUGUUGUUCAUUGCUGCAAAGUGCGUCGCAUACGCCGCGUAUGAUGCGUCUUCUUCAAUGCAAGACCUACAGCAACGAAUGAACCUCGGGAACCGUCUCCUUCGGUCUCUGGAAGAAUGGCGUGAGGCGCUGCCAGCUUCCUUUACUCCUAUCUCUGGAGGAGCAGUCUCGGAUUCGGUGUCUAGAGCGAGCCUCCCGAGCUCAGCUUCCCCGUCUAUACAUCAUGUCGGUCAAGAUCCGGGACCCGCUGCAACUCAGGGCAAGGGGGUUUUUGACCCAAUCUGGAUUCAUCCGCCCAGGAACGCUGGGGCGAUGCAGAUGUAUCAUUUUGCACGGUCAGUGGUUCUCCUUGCCCAGCCGUCCACGGGCGGAUUAAACGCCUACAGGCGACGACAGCGGCUUCUCAAUGAGAGCCUACAUAGUGUGUGUGGUGUUGCCAAAGCUUGCAACGAGAAUGAUCCUGCACUGGCAUUUUUGAAUGUGCAGGUGAUGUUUGCUGUCGGGCAAUGUGCCCAGAAUGGCGAGAAACAGACGGAGUUACUCGAAACAUUAAACCGAGCAGUCGCGAUCAGCAGCUUUCCAUCAAAAGGGCUUACCGAUGAGCUCGAAAGGAUAUGGAAAGAGGGAUUCUAG